CCGGACACGCACGGUCAUCAGAUAAAAACGUAAUUAUUAUUAUUGACGGAGGUAUAGUUGGUGGGUAUCGCGUUCGUUUUCGACGAGCGGCCGGCCAUAGUUCAAUUUUCGUUCGUUUUUUUUUUUUUUUCUCAUUUUCUCGCCACCGCCGUACGUUAAUCCGCUACAUUAUUCCGUAUCACCGCCUUCUCUCCUGACGCGUUGCCGCCGCCACCACCGCCGUGCACCUUAUCGCACCGCACCGGUUUCAUUUCCGACUCGUCCGCCGUCCCAGCUGCCCGUCGUCUCCGUCUGUCUGUCACGUUCGGUUUCGCUGUUUUUGUUUUUUUUUCUCGGCUUUUUUCAAAUAUUUUUUUUUACCCCAUUGCUAGUUAUUCGUCGUCGCCUUACCGAGAAAAAUAAAUAAUGGCCAACUAUCACAAAAUGGAAGCUUCGGCCGUGCAAACGCUCAAAGACCUUGCGAACAAGUUGAGAAUCGAUUCGAUCGUCGCGACCAACGCUUCCAAAUCGGGGUGAGUUACCGGUAGUACAAGAGCCGAGUGUGGGUGGAAGUAGGGGUAGUUUUGCUGUUUGAGCCCUCUUCCAUCGGAUCGUCGGUUUUUCGGUACCAUACCCUGUUGGGUUGUACAAAUUAAUAUUUCGUUUUGUUUUUUUUUUUUCUCUUAAGCCGACGACCGUGUAACAUUUAUUUUCCCUUUCACUCGCCUCGUGCUAACCGUCCCAUUUCCGACCUCAGACUCACUGGUAACCGCCGUAGACAUCUCGAUUCGGCCGCACGUCUCGUAUAUUUAUUUUUUUUCCUGCUCAUUAUCAUUCGUCAUUCCUUUUAUAUUUUUUCGAACGUGUUUUAUAGACGGCAAGGUACCUGUUAUUAUUACAAUUGUAUUCGUGUAAUCAUGUGGUUAUUAAGAACGUGAUUUCCAUCGACGCCGGUGAAAGUAAAAAUAAAAUAACGUUUUGGCCUUCAACCCUUUGAACUUAAAUGUUUAUUUUCUUAUUCACUCAUUAGUGACCUGAUUAUUAUAUUUUCAACUAAAAAAAAAAAAUAAAAAAACAUAAUUAAGUACCUACCUAUAUCACGUUCCUUAACGAACGUUUGCGUUUAGUCAACAUGAGAAAAACUUUACUUUCACUAGGUGCCUACCUAAAAGUACAUAUCCUUGACAUUUUUUCGUUUUCAAUGUAUACACAUAAAAAAAACAAUAUUUUAUCCAAGCCAUGUGAGAUAUUUUUUUUUUUUUUUCAAGACUCCGGGCUGUUUCUUUUCAAAAUAUUUGAAUUGAUUAAAUACUAAAAUAACCAUUUCAUAGUUAGAGAUAUUUACUUACCCACUAUUUUUUAAAUAAUAAAUGUUAGAUGAUGAUGUUAAUUAUUAUUAUUGUUCAGAUUUGGAAAUAUUAAUAAUAGGUAGGUAGGAAGGUAUCUACCUACUUUCCUAUUGCGCCAUUAGUUUUAUUAUUCAUUCCGCGUACAUAUUAUUAGGUAGGUACCUACAAUACAAAAAGUAGUAUUGUAAUGGUACCUACCGGUAUAUUUUGAUGAUUUAAUAAUUAUUUGUGGAUAUUGGAAUCAAUUUAUUUUAUUAUAACCCAAUAAAUGGAUUACACUAAAUUGAAUAUUAAUAAAUAAAAGAAAAUUGUAUUCUUUUUAUAGAGUCAUUAAUUGUAUUAGAAACAAAACUUUUAUUUAUAUAACUAAUCAUUACUAUGAACUUAAAUACAAAUUCCAUUCUUUUACAUAUAAAAGCCAGUGUAUAUCAAUGAAUAUUUCAGUCUCCAGCACUUUUUAAAUAAUCAAAAUUAGAUUAUUUGUUUCUUGAAGUUAGCAAUAAGCCUACAACAUCAUUUUUGCUAUUGUAUUGAUAAACCAUUAUUCAAUUUUAACUUACACGUUCUUAACAUAUACAGUAUACAAUUUAUUAGACUGGCUGUCAAAAACUGGUGAACUACCAAGGAAAGGCUGGUAAUAUUGUAGUAGGUUGUCUAGGUAGUUCCUUUAUAUAUUUUUUUUUUUGUCAAAUCGAUAAAAUAAAACCUACCUAUAUAAAUGAUGACUUAAUGCUUCACUAGUAGUUAGAACUAUUUUAGUUUCAUCUACGUAAACAAAAAUGUAUUAUUUAAUAUCUAUUUUUAAAUUCCCUGGUAGUCUGAUUACAAGUAGGUGUAUACUAUAUACCUACAAUGUCAAUUAGAUAAUGAUUUUGUUAAUAAUGUUUACAGCGUUAGUCACUUAUAUUAUUAUUAAUAUCUUCAAUAUUAAGUUAAUACAAAAUUUAUUUAAGUUUAAACUGAAAAUAUGAAUUCCUAUUUUAAGGUUUUAAUUAUAGUUUUAAUUGGUAGUUGUUUUAAAUGCAUAUUUGGUUAUAUAUUAAUAAUAGUUCUAGUCUCUAGGAGUCAUCUAAGAUCAUUGUAUGUAUUUAUACUAAUGGUAGGUAGGUAUUAUACAUUAUUAUAGGUAUCAUCACCAAAAAUAUUAAGUAGGUAUAUGUAUAUAUUAAUUUAAUAUUAUAAAUGUACAACAAAUUUUAAAUUGUAAAUGGAUAUAUAAUAUGCAAAUAUGCAAAUACCUACCCUUUAUUUUAAACAGUUGAAUAAGUUUUAAACAAAGUUUCAGCUGUUCAUAGUUGGGUUUUCAAAGUUAUAGUACCUAUAAUUUAUAAAUAUUUAGGUAUUUAUUUUAAUAUCUAUGUAUAUUUAUUUACCUACCUAAUUAUAUUUUAUAUAUUUGUUUUUUUCAUGUUGCAGACAUCCUACGUCAUGUUCUUCGAUGGCAGAAAUCAUGUCUGUAUUGUUUUACCAUACUAUGCGCUACAAAGUCUCAAGCCCAAAAGAUCCGGCUAAUGAUAGAUUUAUUUUAUCCAAGGGCCAUGCUGCUCCUAUUUUAUAUGCAGGUAAUUAAUGAUACCAUUAAAAACUAAACAUUUUAUUUAGGCAUCUAAUAAUUAAAUUAUAUUUUUUAGCAUGGGCUGAAGCCGGUUUGUUCCCAGUAUCUGACUUAUCAAAUUUAAGGAAAAUCGACAGUGAUUUGGAAGGACAUCCUACCCCACGUUUAAAUUUUAUUGAUGUUGGUACCGGUUCACUCGGUCAAGGUCUUUCAGUCGCUUGUGGAAUGGCGUAUGUAGGCAAAUACUUUGACAAAUCGUCCUACAGGUAACAUAUUUUUAUCAGGUUUUUAUUUCUUGUAUAAAUAUUUAAACCAGAAACAUUUUCAUAUUGUAAAUAACUAGUUAAUCAUUCCAUAAUAGUUGGGGUGUUCUGGGUACAUUAUUUAUUAACAAACUCGGAAUUGAGUAUUAGCAGAGUAAUAAUUUAUAGAAAUGCCGGGUAGCGAGUAGUCAUUGGAUACAGAAUAUGAUAUUGGAUACCAGAUUAGGACUCGAUAGCCAGAUACCCGAAACAUCUCUAAUAAUUUUAUUUUUUAAAUUGUAAUAUUUUAAAUGCAAGUUUUUUGAUUAAUGGUGUACCUAUAUUUACCUAUUUGUAGUGGGCGGAGAGGAAGGAGUCUUCUUUUUAAGUUUUCAAAGUCUAGAGGGACGCUUUAUGGUCUUCUUAUUAAGAAUAAUGCAAAUAAUUAAGUAUCUACUAAGAGCUAGUGGCUAAUCCACUUAGACACAAGCUAGUAGUAACUAAGUAUUACAAAACAAUGAUGCCAGUCUACUGGUGCAGCUGUAUGGGAAACUCUAUGACUAUUUUUAAAUCCUUAUCAGUAAACAUAAAAGUUAUCAAUGAUAUUAGUAAUAAAAUAAUGCCAAGGAAAUUUCCAAUUUAUACUGCAGCACGAUAAUACAAUAUACAUUUUUUUUUUUGGUCAAUUGUGGGCACAUAUUUUUUUUGUUACAUAGUAAAACCAGGGGAAAAUGUAUACCUAACCUAACCAAGUAAACAUUUAAUAACACCCCGGGUACCGAGUACUCUGUACAGAAUAUGAUAUUGGGUAUCUGGUUAGAACUCGAUGGCUGGGUACCCAAAGCAUCCCUACAUAAUAUUUUGCAUUUUUCUCCUCAAUUUAUUCUGUUAAUAUACUUACCUACUUUAACUAUUAAAAGAAUGUAUUGUCGACAGAACUUAUUGUUUGUUGGGUGAUGGUGAGAGUGCGGAAGGCUCAGUCUGGGAAGCUUUAAACUUUGCUUCAUUUUACAAUUUGGAUAAUUUAGUGGUUAUAGUUGACAUCAACCGGCUUGGUCAAUCAGGACCAACAUCUUUAAACCACGAUAUGGAACUCUACAGACAAAGAUUUCAAUCUUUCGGUCUCAAUGCCAUAGUUGUAGAUGGACAUGACAUCGAAGAAUUAACCAAAGUAAUGUAUAUUUCAAAAUGAUAGAUAAUAGUUUUUAAGUUUUUUUUUUUUAUCUAGGCUUUCCAUGAAGCUUCAAUCACAAAAGGUAAACCAACAGCUAUUUUGGCCAAAACAUACAAAGGAAAAGGUUUUAUCAACAUCGAAGAUAUGGAAAAAUGGCAUGGUACUCCAUUGAAUGACAAAGCUACCAAAGUUCUAGAAGUAUGUAUAUUAACUAGAAAUUAAUUUUUGACAUCAGUACUCAACAUUCCAAAUAAUAAUAAUCAUAAUUGUUUAUUUACGGAAAUUUUGUUAUUGGUGUUAUACAGUUAAAUAUAAUCAAUUUAUAAAUAAGAAAAUAAAAUAUUGAUUAAAUAUUAGAUAUUUUAUUUCUUUUAUUUGAUUUUACAUUUUUUUGUUGAUAGGAAAUCAAUGGCCAAAUCAGAAAUAAAAAAAUUCCUGUUACUAUAUCAAAACCUAUUUCUGAUACACCUACUAUAAGCAUUUCCAAUGUCCGUUUGUCAACUCCUCCCAACUAUACUCUUGGUGAAAAGAUUGCUACACGUGUUGCAUAUGGUACAGCUUUGGCAAAAAUUGCAGACAAUAAUGAUCGAGUUAUUGCUUUAGAUGGUGAUACUAAAAACUCUACAUACUCUGAUAGAAUCAAAGUGGUAUGUUUUCCCUUUAGAUCAUGUACAAUAGAUAGUCAUUCAUAAACAGUGUGAAGCCAACAAUGUAGGACCAAGAUGAUAUACUUAUGUGCAUGACCUUUUAUCAUUUAUUUGACACAGAUUUUAAUUUACUUAAUAAAAUAAAAGUAAUAACCCUGACUGGUUAGCCAAGCUUGCACUGAUGUCAUGGCUCCUAUAGUUUAUAUAGUUAGCUUCAACUCAAUCUGUAGGUGUGGUAUGCAAUGGCUCUAUUGUAUAUUAUGAUCUAAGGUUUUCCUUAUUUUUUUUUUUUUUUAUUAUUUAAUUAUAUUAAAUUUGUAAUUAGAAAUACCCGGAGAGGCAUAUUGAGUGCUUCAUUGCUGAACAAAACAUGGUUGGUAUUGCUAUUGGAACUGCAUGCAGAGACCGAACUAUUUCUUUUGUAUCAACCUUUGCUACUUUCUUUACUAGAUCUUUUGAUCAAGUAUGGCUCGAUUUUUACUCUUAAAAAAAUUGGCUUGAAUUUAAUUUUAAUUUACUUACAUUUAGAUUCGUAUGGGUGCUAUUUCACAAACUAAUGUUAACUUUGUUGGUUCUCAUUGUGGAAUCAGUAUUGGUGAAGAUGGGCCUAGUCAAAUGGGUCUUGAAGACAUUGCCAUGUUUAGAAGUGUUCCUGGUAUAUAAAUGCUUUCAAAAACAUUUUGCUUAUCAUUUUCUCUACAAAUAUAUUAAUCAAACCAUUUGUCUGAUAUAAGAAGAUCUCAUAUCAGUUAUUUAGUAUUCAUAUUAUACAAUAUUGAAUUUAAAUGAUUAUUUGUACAUUAUUAAUUAUAUAACUUUAACUUUAGUAUAACAAAUUUAAAGAAAAAAGUAAAUUAAAAUUAUUUGAUACAUAUUUUAGUCUAUUAACUUGUAUAAAAAAUCAAUCUCAAUGAUAUAUUUUUCUUCAUUUCAGGAGCUACCAUAUUUUACCCAGCAGAUGCUGUGAGUUGUGAACGGUCUAUUGAAAUUGCAGCAAAUACAAAAGGCAUUUGUUUCAUUCGUACUUCCAGGCCACCUACAGCGGUUAUUUACCAAAACAAUGAAGUUUUUGAAGUGUGUAUUAAUAAAACAUACAUAUUUAUGUCCUGUUCUAAUGAUGAAUAAACAAUUUCAAUGAAUAAUUUCAGAUUGGAAAAGCUAAAGUAGUUAAAAGUUCACCUUCAGAUAAAGUAUUGGUAAUUGGGGCUGGUGUGACACUCUAUGAAGCUUUAAAUGCCGCUGAACAGUUGGAAAAAUCUGGCAUUAACAUCCGUAUUAUCGAUCCAUUCACUAUUAAGCCACUUGAUGCUGCUACUAUCAUCAAGAACGCUAAAGAAGUUGGUGGUACAAUUAUUACUAUCGAAGAUCAUUAUCCAGAAGGUAUAAAUAUAAAUUAAUAUUAAAUAUUUAAAAUGCUUGUUUAUGUAUAUAUAUAUAUUGUGUAAUUUAGGUGGUUUGGGAGAAGCUGUGUUAUCUGCAGUUGCUGAAGAAAGAGACAUUACUGUCAAAAAACUUGCGGUCACUGACAUUCCUCGUUCUGGACCAGCUAAUGUUUUGUUGGAAAUGUUUGGAAUCAGUGCCAAAAAUGUUGUUGCAGCAGUAAAGAAAUUAGUUUUAUAACUGUACUAAUUUAUUUAUAAUGUGCUACUCCAUUUAGCAUUAACUAAUGUGUGGUGUAUUAACAUUAUUUUAGUUCUGAUUCAUAUUUUUAUUAUUAUUUUCUUAUUUUAAUGCCAAUAAAAUUUAUAAAUACAUUUGGUUAUCAAUACAAAAAGUUUUACUGAACAUACCUAAAUAAUAUAAUUUUAAUAAUCUGGUAAAUCUAAUAGAGUUAAACCAUAAAUUUAUUGACAAAAAAGAUGAACA